AAUUUCAAAUACUUAAACAGUCAUAUAAAUAUUAAACCUCCAACAUAAGACAUUCGAGUACUCGACCAUUUCAAAUCAAACACAAAAACUCCCCCUAAUUCCAAAUUCUCUUUGGGAACAAAACCUUUUUUCUACUACUUUCUCUCUCCUAAUUUCAUUUUCUGGCCAUAAUGAAAUCAUGGAAUUUCAACCAUCAUCAUCAUUUCAUUCUCUUCCUCAUCUUCAUUAUAUCUGCUUCUCUUCUUCAUUCAUCUUCCAGUCUUAAGAUCGGAGAAACGUGUUCAAAGGACAGCGAUUGUGACGCCGGACUUCGAUGCGAGACUUGUAAAGCAAAUGGUAAUACUCGUCCCAGAUGUUCCCGUACUCAACCACUCAUUCCGACAUCUAAGGUGAAGGGGUUGGCGUUUAACAAGUAUUCAUGGCUAACGAGCCAUAAUUCGUUUGCAAUGUCUGGGACCAUAAAGUCAAGUACAGGCUCUAUUCUUCUAGCUCCUACCAAUCAGGAAGACUCCGUCACCUCCCAACUCCGUAACGGUGUCCGAGGGCUCAUGCUAGACAUGUAUGACUUCCAGAAUAACAUAUGGUUGUGCCAUUCAUUCGGAGGCAAGUGCUUCAAUUUCACAGCAUUUCAACCAGCAGUUAAUGUUCUCAGAGAGAUCCAGACUUUUCUGCAAGCAAACCCAACAGAAAUUGUUACAAUCAUUAUAGAGGAUUAUGUGACUUCAUCGAUGGGCCUGACCAAGGUCUUCAAUGCAGCCGGGCUCAGUAAAUUCAUGUUUCCACUGUCUCGGAUGCCUAAAAAUGGCAGUGAUUGGCCAACUGUGGAUGAUAUGGUGCAGAAGAAUCAACGAUUGUUGGUAUUCACUUCUGCGAAAUCAAAAGAGGCCUCUGAAGGGAUUGCUUAUCAGUGGAACUAUAUGGUAGAAAAUCAAUAUGGAGAUGAAGGGAUGAUUGAUGGCUCGUGUCCAAAUCGUGGUGAAUCACCACCAAUGAACACGACAACAGCCUCUUUGGUUCUUGUAAAUUACUUUCCAACCAAUCCCAACUCUACACAAGCUUGUGCAAAGAACUCAGCUCCCUUGAUUAGUAUGAUCAAUACCUGCUUUCAACAAGAUGGAAGAAGAUGGCCCAACUUCAUUGCUGUUGACUAUUAUCAGAGAAGUGAUGGCGGUGGAGCUUCAGAGGCAGUUGAUGUAGCCAACGGUCAUUUAACUUGUGGAUGUGACAAUAUUGCCUAUUGCAAGGCUGGUGGAACCUUUGGCUCGUGCAACGUCCCGAAACUUGCACCUCCUCCUCCAGCAGCACUAUCAUCCUCCUCCUCUGAUGGGAAUCCAUCUACUCAAUCUAGUGAUGCUCAUAAAGAUAAUCAGAAGAUUUUACAACGUUGGUUAUAUGGAUCAUUGCUUACAUCAAUAUUCUUGUUAGUCGUGUAAGUUGUUACGUUGUCAGAUCGUCUGAGUAUUGUUUGUAUGCUCAAUUGUUGCCUCAACCACCUAUGAUGGAGGUGAGGGUUCAUGGAGCUACUCUUACCAAUUUUUUCUCACUGUGUGUAAUAUAUGUUAUAUGUAUGGUAUCUAUACACAUUAUGGAACUCCUUUUAGAUCAGAAUCUCAUUGACAUAUUUCCUUAA